GACCGCUCUUCAUCGGCUUGGUAUAAAUAUCCGGCGAUUCGUUGAUGGAAGGUGUAGUACCUGAACGACCAUGCAGACUUCAGUGUUGUGCCUUCUCUUCGCUCUUGUGGCUAGCGCCUCGUGCGCUAGUCUGUUCCCUGGUAUUGAUCAGGCAAUAAAUGCCGGUAAAUCGAUCAUCGGCAAUAUACCGACAAUUAUUCCAAUACCAUCUAACAAAGACGAUUCCUCGUCUUCUAAAGAAAACUCCCAGGGACUGAUAAACACUGUAGAGGCGCGCUCUAAGAAGGUAAACCAAUACGUCAAGGAUAUCCAGCAAUGGCUCCACAACUUGGAACCCAAAAAGUGUAGGGAUAAAAAACACCCCCAACCUGUUCCACAGUUCCCCCAACUGCCCAAUCUCCCAAGCCUCCCUGACAUUCGAAACAAAAACGUUCUACCAGACAUCGCGAACCUUGGAAACGUAAUCCCGAACAUUUUGAACUCAACUGGUCUUCUACCAAGCAAUCCUAAACUUCCAGCCCUUCCAACUCUUCCAACUCUUCUGCCUACACGUCCUUCAGGCCGCCCAACACGUCCCCCACACACCCGCCCAACACGGCCACAACGUCCCUCAACGCCUGCAAGCCGUCCCUCAACGCCUGCAAGCCGUCCCACACGCCCCUCGGACCGUCCACCUCGUCCACCUCGCCCAACUCGCCCCUCGGACCGUCCACCUCGUCCACCUCGCCCAACUCGCCCAUCUCCACCACCUGCUCCCACUUCCCCCGCUACUGAGCGUACCACUGUUGCGAUUAAGGGCGCCAGUGAAGUGUCUAGCUCCGCAACGACUGUGAUUAGCACAAGCACUGCUGCUGCAAGCUCUUCCACUGAGGCUUCCUCUGAGGCUUCCUCUGAGGCUUCCUCUGAGGCUUCCUCUGAGGCUUCCUCUGAGGCUUCCUCUGAAGGUUCAACUGAGGCUUCUUCCUCUGAGGCUUCCUCCGAAGGUUCAACUGAGGCUUCUUCCUCUGAGGCUUCCUCCGAAGGUUCAACUGAGGCUUCUUCCUCUGAGGCUUCCUCCGAAGGUUCAACUGAGGCUUCCUCCGAAGGUUCAACUGAGGCUUCCUCCGAAGGUUCAACUGAGGCUUCCUCCGAAGGUUCAACUGCUUCUUCCUCUGAGGAUUCCUCUUCUGCUGCAACCGAGGCUUCUUCCUCUGAGGAUUCCUCUUCUGCUGCAACCCAGGCUACUUCUGGAUCUACCCGUAGAGCUAACGGAGCUAGCUCUGGAUCUGGAAACAUCUCAUUCGGUAUCAACAGCUCUGGAUCUAACGCAACUACCCGCAAACCUAUAUUUUCUUUUGGUAGCAGUUUUAAGAUAGGCGGAAGGGGAAAGAGAGAAACAGUCGGCGGAGGUAUUGGCGCCAGCGGAAGCAUCGACGUAUCUGUAGACAUUGGAAGCGCCCUGUCUGCCAUCCCUGACAUGAUCAACAGCAUGCAAUCCAUCUUGUCCCACGUUAAUAUUCCGAAACUCCCCUCGAUCCCCACUAUACAAUUGCCAGAUUUGAAAUCGGUUAGCAAUGACGUUCGCAAGGACAUCGAAAAUGCCAGGAAGACGGCCGCUCAAGCCAUCCAGGCUGGAGAGAACAACAUCGCCCAAGCCAUUCCCAAGGCUUUGAACAGGAUCAUGAAGAGCACCGAGCCUAUUCGUGGAAUCAUAGGACUGGUACAGAAGGUCGUCAAAUCGUUCGUCGAAAUCGCGGUGAAAAAACCGAUUGCCGUCAAGAGGGCCAUCAUUGAAGACGUUAUCAUGAUUGUCGGACAGGUCAUUAGGAAUCUGAUGAAUCUCGCGGCUCAGCAUAUGCGAUGCUGAAGGGUUUAGCUGAAAUGAAUUACGUAUAUGUAGCAAAAAAUGGUAACGAAUAAAUAAUAGUAUUGCAAUUGAAA